UUCAGACACUUCCAGCACUCGUUUACGCCGUCCCCUCAUGGUUCUCGCAUCACCCAGCGUAGGCGUGCCUACUCGCCGCUCAAAUACAGCGCUGCAGAGUCCAGACGCGUUCAUGAUUCAUGCAUUGUGUCAGUGAGGUAAGCAGACCAGCGCUGCCCACGCCACGGAGGAACAUGUGUUUGUCUCUCAACAUCUCCACUCCCCACACCGUGAAAGAACGCAUUUGAGUAUUGGGAAGCGUUCGUUUAUAAAUGAUUAUUCCACCACUAUAAUUUCUAUCCAAGAUUUUGCUGUGGCAUUUUGUGAUGGACUUUCAGUAAACGUUUGGAAAUCUACGUUUCGUUCGUCCGUUUGUGGGAGGACGCAUGCUUUACCUGUGUCGGACCAAAAGCGAAGAGUGCAUGAAAGUUCUCAAAGCAAAACUCAGCUGCUCCACACUGGGAGGCUUGCUGGACAAACAGGAGAAGGACCCCCGUCAUCCCAAAAACAUCUCUCCUGUUCUGUCUUCUCCCACAAUGGCUUUGGCCUCUUUCCAUCUGAUGCAAACUCUAAAGAACUCUCCAGCGGCUUUUCGUCGAAGAUUCCGCCGUGACCGCACAGAGAGUCUGUCUCAUGGUGACCCCCUUUUCAAGGUCCACUACCUCGGCACCACGAAAAUAUUCUCCCUGGACCUGGAGCAGGCAGAGGACGCCAUUGAUCGGCUAUUGGACGGGGCCCCUGGGAAGCUAUCAAAAGAUCACGCCCUGGUAGUGAGGCCACGAUAUGUUGAAGUUAAAGAACUGAGCACCGGAAGACAGCUCACCAAGACCUACUUGCAGGACAUUGCAUACUGCGCUUCACACACAGCCAGACCCAACGUGUUUCUGUACAUCUGCAGGCAGCCUGGUCAGCAGCUGCAAUGCAGAGUGUUCUGGUGCAGUCGGGCCGAAAGGGCAAAGGACAUGACUGCCUGUCUAGCAAGGUCAUUUCAGAGAGCACUCAACGAUUGGCAGGGUGGAUGUGCCACUUUGCCACAGGGUGAUGGGAUCUCUAAAGAACCGGAGAUUCCUGGUAUACCCAUUGUACCCCGACUGUCAACUUUGCCAACUAGUUUGGGAAAAGUCCGGUGGAAGAAGAGAGGGUCAGUGUCCCGCAGUCCUCUCCGUGCCAUCACCAGACGAGGUUCUGCCAGUGACAGCUGGCAUUAAGAGUCCCUGUCACCCCCUGGACCAGCACCCCAUGAAUUUGUGAUUCCUUUGUCAGAAUGGAAUGUGACAAGAAAGACAACCACAUCAGCAACAAGUGGGACAUUUAAGCUUUGAAAGAGUUUUUAUACUCUUGAGUCGGUGUCUAAACAGCCAUAUUUGUGGUUACUGAUUUACCAGGGAACAACUAUUUUUCUUUUAUUAACAAAGUGAUAAACAAAAGGUUUCUCAAGAUAAUGCCUUUUGGUUUGGGACGAUAAAGUGAUGAAGUCAUGCUGAUUUACAUUUUUCUCUCAGCUCUUUAACAAGAGAUGUGAAUCUCUAUACAGGUAAUGGCCAAAACCAAAGCUGACACCCUCUGGGCUGGAGCAGAUCUAUAAAGACAGAACAUUUAAAAGUCAUGUAUCACAGAGUCAAGCAUUUCUAGUCAGUCUCCUCCUGUGAGUAAACAUGUCUGGAUAGUAUGCAAAUGUGACUGUUGAACAGUUAAACAGAUAUUUGUGUUAGAGGUGUCAGGAAAGGAUCUGUUUGGGAAGUGGGUGGAUGUAUGACGGUAAAUAGUAGGUCUCGACAGGUAAUGUCACAAUAGCACAAGUUGAAGAUUUUCUUUUAGAACAUCCAAUGUAAAUGAGACAUUUAAAAUUUGAACCAUUUUAUACUGAACAAUAUUUUCAAAUCAUCUUCUCUCAUAUCGCCAAAGUUCCACAGAUUGGUAUUGAUGGUGUUAGUGUUGUAACGUUAGACGAUAUUGAAUUUAGUAUUUCACCCUCAAUGUAGUUCAGUGACCAUCAUUUAUGGUGUUUUAUCUACUGCAUAUUUAUGUGGCAUCAGGACCAGCUUGGUAAUCAGAGCUGGUUGUAACUUAAAUGUUGGAAAGGGAGUGGUACUGCUAGGCUUCAAAAAGCCCAGUGAUCUAUCAUAGCCAUAUCCUGCUUAGUCUGGUUCUACCUCAUUUUGCUAUUGUUAACUCAUUGUUUUUGAAAAGUCAGUCAGACAUUGAGCUUGAAACAUAGAUUAUAUUUCCAAGCGAUAGGGUUAGUGUUAAUUCAGUUUUCUCUUAAUAUGGAAAUACAAUUCGCCCUAAGUAGUUUGAUCCAAGCACCUGUAUACCAGCAUGAUGACUUAAUGGCUCUGGCACUUACUGUAUAAUGUUCCAUCUCAUUGACUGCGAGUUGUUAAUUCACAUCAGUCCAGUUAUUCCAAAAACCUGCAGACUCAUGUGAAGUUACCAUCUGCAGGCAACAAUUUAUGACAUCACAAUACUAAUCUUCAAAGGUAACUGCAGUGCAAAUAUGCAACAUUUUCAAGGACAUUUUUAAGUUAUGAAGCACUUGGUAGCAUUUUUAUCUUGCCUGGUUGCAUAAACCCAAGUAUUUUAAACAAGGGCACUGUGCUUUGUAUGGUUAAAACAGUUGAUAUUUACAACGGCAAGGAUUGUCCACCACUAUAAGUGGGCCAUUUCUUUCACACACUGGCUUUUAUAGCUGUUACAUAUGCUCACUGAGAAUCGCUUCAUAAUACAGUAAUACACAGUGUCUUUUGAUGUUAAACAUUCUGCCUAAUGUGUAGGGUCAAUUACAUCAAAGGAUGUACUUUUGUUUUAUCCUUAUGGAUUUUAUUUGAAGUCGUAUUUAUCGCACUGCAAAGACCCCAUAUCUGUUCUCGGAUGAAUCUGUUUUGUCUGCUUUAUAAGGUGUUUAAUGUUCAAUGAAUGUUCUUGAACUUUAUUUUAAGCAUUUAUGCAUGUACAUAUUUAAAUAUUAAAAGUAUU